AUGUUUAACCAGUACUUCUGGAUAGACUACCUCUGCAUAGACCAGGACGCACACGGAGAGAAAUCACAGCAGGUGCAGCGAAUGCACAUCAUCUAUCGAAACGCGGAACUCGUCAUCAUCUGGCUACAGCUUAGCGAGAAGGAGGAAAGUGGGCUGCUCGAAUUUAUCGAUUUGGUAGACCGCUGGCUCACGGGAAAGAUGAAUCUCAUCAGCUUUCUCCAGCUACGUCAAGAUCGAUACGAUUUCUGGUACAUCGCGGGAAAUGUGAUGGAAAACCCCUACUGGAAACGUGUCUGGAUAGUGCAGGAGGUUGUGGUGGCUAAGGAGGUGUGUGUGUAUACCAAACGUACCUCGCUCAACCUCGAUAAGCUACAUUUCAUACUUCGACAGUUCCACUCGACCACUGCUAGCGGAAGACCUACGAUUGGGGCACUAUGCCAUAUGCGCGCCACGGGUGGGAAGAUACCUCUAUGGAGGAUGUUAAAGGACUUCAAGGAUUACGAAUGCAAAUACGCAGUCGACCGCAUAUAUGGGAUAUUUGGCCUGGCCGAGAAUAACGAGGACGGGAGCUCGCCUGCUAUGAAUAUUCAAAUCGACUACGAGAAGCCGGUAUCUCGCGUCAUGCUGGAUGUAUUGUUUGAAUCAUCACCUCCGUUGAAUCACCUCGGGGAUAUCGUACUCGCCGACCCUACGCGCGGUCGUAAUCCUCUGGCUCAGGGCUUCGUAGGUUGUUUAAUGAUGAGAAACUACAUCAAUGACGUCAAGACGACAGAAAGACACCGAGAUUGUGCAAGAAAUGCGCUGAAAGCCUUAGAAGCUUUCGUGAUCAUGUGGUCGGUCAUGGGCACGCCUCGCCCGGAUGACAGGGAAUUGCUGGUGAAUCUCUUUUCAUCGGCAGCAGAGACUGAUUGGAAGACCACUCGCCACCAAAAUGCGGUGCUCCUCGGUAUGAUGCUCUCAGCGAAAUCCUGGAAUGAUACAGUAUACGGGCACUCGGAAAGACCACACUUCCGUGACUUUUUCCGCGACUCUGCCUGGCGAUGUGCAGCCCACGGGUUUCGCGACGCAUGCCAACCGAGUCUUCGGUUAUAUGAGACAGUUGCUGUCGUUGCUACAUCUCCCGGAGCUUGGAGCCGUCCUGGUAUCGUGGCUGCAUGCGGAAAGCAAUCUAAAGAUUGCGACGGUUCAAUGAUGACUUACGAGCUAUCGGACAUCGGUCUCCGCAUACAAGUUGAGCCUGCGAUUGAUAGUGGGAAUGAAGGUUAUCUGAGCAUUCACAGCAUGCAAUCUGAGGCGUGA